GUGCAUACAAAAGAAAAAGAAAAGAAACUCAUACUGACUCUACAACGAGAACGAAUACUCGUCUCUAUAGCGCUGGCAAUCGUCAUAGCGAUAGUCAUAGUAGAACCGAAAGAACAAACAGAAGGAAAAUGAAAAAACGAGCUAAACAAACACAGCCACCGGGACAAUCUCAUAUGUCUGUAUUUCGUCUUGACGGUAACACGAAUAGAGCAGCGCAUAGCAGUAAUUCCAACAACAAUCAAUCCACUGUAAAUAGUUCCCUGCCCUUUCGUCAUGUUGAUCCGGCCGUUGGAAUAGAAGGCAUGAAUCAAGGAUGCCAAUCAAAAAAAUCCGCGGAAAUAGACGAUGGAGAAAACACAUGCAGUAGUUGCAAUAAUACAAGCCAUACUGUUAGUAGAUGUAACGGAACGGUCAGUGACGUGGAUAGUCCGAGCAGUGGUGAGGAUGGCAUCAGAAACUUUGAUCCUCGCGGUCAAAGAAGAACAGCAGUCUAUGACAGCAAUCAUAUUCUCAGAAAAAUGAAUGUUAGGAGUACAAACGGGACCGGCACUCAUGGCAGCAGACCAAGAAGAAUACGUGAACCCAUCGCGAGUAGAACAAGAAGUCAAAGAAAGAAAAAUGAAGCCAACUCUGUAGUACUGAAGUAGAUCAACAUAGGAAGAAGGAAUAACUGAGUGGGAACUUUUUUUUUCUUGAUUUUACAGUAACUUUUACAGGUUAAUAAGUUGCUGCCAAACAAUCGAAACGAUUUUUAUCGAAAACAA